AUGAUUCCUACCAGCGCCUUACAUCACAUCCUACUGGCCAACGCUUCCACACGUCCGACGCAAUACGCACUUUCGACGAUUCAUUUUGCACUUGCUAAACCUGAUGUCAUACCUUCUUUCUUUUUGUCUUUCUUUAAUUCAUUCAUUUUUCUCUCUUUUUUUAAUUUUUUAUAUUCUUCCAUAUUUCCUUUCCUUUCUCUUUGUCUUACUUCAUUUCCUAUAUUCACCGAUAUUUUUUCUUUCUUUCUUUUUUCCCCUAUCUAUCUAUCUAUCUAUCUAUCUAUCUAUCUAUCUAUCUAUCGCCAUUUGCGUUCGUAUCUAUCUAUCUAUCUAUCUAUCUAUCUAUCUAUCUAUCUAUCUAUCUAUUCUAUCUAUCUAUCCCAGUCUGUUCAUUUCUAUCUAUCCCAGUCUGUUCAUAUCUAUCUAUCUAUCUAUCUAUCUAUCUAUCUAUCUAUCUAUCUAUCUAUCUAUCCAGCAAUAAAUCUCUGUCUGUCUCUCUGUCUGUUUCUGCCGAUCGUUUCUUUUUCACUAUCUAUCUAUCUAUCUAUCUAUCUAUCUAUCUAUCUAUCUAUCUAUCUAUCUAUCUGUCUCUUGAAAUCUAUCUAUCUAUCUAUCUAUCUAUCUAUCUAUCUAUCCUUUGCCACUAUCUGUGUUAGUCUAUCAUCUCCUCUCUCCAUCUGUCCUAUUAUUUUUUUGUUUAAUAACUUUAUCCCGUUCUUCACCUUUCUCUCUCUCUCUCUCAUUGCUUGCCGCUUUGUAUUUUUCUUCCUCUCUCUUUCUUCAACUCACUUUUCGCUAUGGCUAUCUCUAUCCUGUCAUUCCUUUGUUUAG